ACACUGUCUUUGGCUGGAGGAACACCAGACUUGGAGGAACCAAAGACCAGCAAGACGACACCAGCAAGACAAACACCAGCAAGACGACACCUCUGCUCCCAGAUCAAGUUAGGAAGCCUGAAAAGACCUGAGAGGACACACACAGGAGAGAAGCCGUACCAUUGCGCCCAGUGUGGAAAUAGUUUUAGCCGGUUAGGAAGCCUGAAAGCUCAUGAGCGAAUACACACAGGAGAGAAGCCAUACCAUUGCGGCCAGUGUGGAAAGAGUUUUAGCCUGUUAGGAAGCCUGAAAGCUCAUGAGCGAAUACACUCAGGAGAGAAGCCAUACCAUUGCGGCCAGUGUGGAAAUAGUUUUAACCAGUUAGGAAACAUGAAAAGACAUGGGAGGAUACACACAGGGGAGAAGCCAUACCACUGCUCCCAGUGUGGAAAGAGUUUUACUGCGUUAGUUAAGCUGGAAGCUCAUGAGCGAAUUCACACAGGGGAGAAGCCUUACUACUGCUCCCAUUGUGGAAAGAGUUUUAACCAUUUAGUUAACAUGAAAAGACAUGAGAGGAUACACACAGGAGCGAAGCCUCACCAUUGCUCCCAGUGUGGAAAGAGUUUUAAGCGGUUAGACACCCUCAAAGAUCAUUUGCGAAUACACACAGGGGAGAAGCCUUUCCGUUGCGCCCAGUGUGGAAAGAGUUUUAGCCGGUCAGGAAGCCUGAAAGAGCAUGAGCGAAUUCACACAGGGGAGAAACCUUACCACUGAUCCCAGAGUGCAAUGCGUUUUUACCCAAUUAGGACGCCUGAAAGAAGACAUGAGACCGCACACGGGGGAGAAGCCUUACAAAUGUUCAGACUGUGGGGAAGGCAUUUCACUCAUCAGUCACUUAAAAAAUAUGUGAGAAUCCACACAGGAGAGAAUAAUGACUCCUAGUGUGUAAAUGUAUAUUUCCCCUAGUGGGCCGAUAUGACGGCAAACAGUAGAUACUGGUUACUAACGAAUGAUAGGGAAGAUCCCCUAGUGGGCCGAUAUGACGGCAAACAGUAGAUACUGGUUACUAACGAAUGAUAGGGAAGGUUCCCUAGUGGGCCAAGCCGAUAUGACGGCUAACAGUAGAUACUGGUUACUAACGAAUGAUAGGGAAGAUCCCCUAGUGGGCCGAUAUGACGGCAAACAGUAGAUACUGGUUACUAACGAAUGAUAGGGAAGAUUCCAUAGUGGGCCGAUAUGACGGCAAACAGUAGAUACUGGUUACUAACGAAUGAUAGGGAAGAUCCCCUAGUGGGCCAAGCCGAUAUGGCGGCUAACAGUAGAUACUGGUUACUAACGAAUGAUAGGGAAGAUCCCCUAGUGGGCCAAGCCGAUAUGACGGCAAACAGUAGAUACUGGUUACUAACGAAUGAUAGGGAAGGUUCCCUAGUGGGCCAAGCCGAUAUGACGGCUAACAGUAGAUACUGGUUACUAACGAAUGAUAGGGAAGAUCCCCUAGUGGGCCAAUAUGACGGCAAACAGUAGAUACUGGUUACUAACGAAUGAUAGGGAAGGUUCCCUAGUGGGCCGAUAUGACGGCAAACAGUAGAUACUGGUUACUAACGAAUGAUAGGGAAGGUUCCCUAGUGGGCCGAUAUGACGGCAAACAGUAGAUACUGGUUACUAACGAAUGAUAGGGAAGAUCCCCUAGUGGGCCGAUAUGACGGCAAACAGUAGAUACUGGUUACUAACGAAUGAUAGGGAAGGUUCCCUAGUGGGCCGAUAUGACGGCAAACAGUAGAUACUGGUUACUAACGAAUGAUAGGGAAGAUCCCCUAGUGGGCCAAGCCGAUAUGACGGCUAACAGUAGAUACUGGUUACUAACGAAUGAUAGGGAAGGUUCCCUAGUGGGCCGAUAUGACGGCAAACAGUAGAUACUGGUUACUAACGAAUGAUAGGGAAGAUCCCCUAGUGGGCCAAGCCGAUAUGACGGCUAACAGUAGAUACUGGUUACUAAUGAAUGAUAGGGAAGAUCCCCUAGUGGGCCGAUAUGACGGCAAACAGUAGAUACUGGUUACUAACGAAUGAUAGGGAAGAUCCCCUAGUGGGCCAAGCCGAUAUGACGGCUUGGUGGACAAAGGGAAGUGGGCGUGGACUGAGAUAGAAGCGGGAAAGACAAAAGGGAUCACUACACACAGUUGAUAAACUGUGAACAACAGUCCAUCAUUACUUUAAGGACCACCACAGGAAUGACCCAGAGUUACUUUUGAUGCAGAGGAUAAGUUCAUUAGUUACCAGCCUAGCAGAAAUAGCAGCCCAAAUACAGUUGAAGUCGGAAGUUUACAUACAUUAGCCAAAUACAUUUAAACUCAGUUUUUCACAAUUCCUGACAUUUAAUCCUUGUAAAAAUUCUCUGUCUUAGGUCAGUUAGGAUCACCACUUUAUUUUAAGAAUGUGUAAUGUCCUGGCUGAUGUCUUGAGAUGUUGCUUCUAUAUAUCGACAUAAUUUUCCUACCUCAUGAUGCCGUCUAUUUUGUGAAGUUCACCAGUCCCUCCUGCAGAAAAGCACCCCCACAACAUGAUGCUGCCACCCCCGUGCUUCACGCUUGGGAUGGUGUUCUUAAGCUUGCAAGCCUCCUCCUUUUUCCUCCAAACAUAACGAUGGUCAUUAUGGCCAAACAGUUCUAUUUUUUUUUUCAUCAGACCAGAGGACAUUUCUCCAAAAAGUUCGAUCUUUGUUCCCAUGUGCAGUUGCAAACCGUAGUCUGGCUUUUUUAUAGCGUUUUUGGAGCAGUGGCUUCUUCCUUGCUGAGCGGCCUUUCAGGUUAUGUCGAUAUAGGACUUGUUUUUCUGUGGAUAUAGAUACUUUUGUACCUGUUUCUUCCAGCAUCUUCACAAGGUCCUUUGCUGUUGUUCUGGGAUUGAUUUGCACUUUUUGCACCAAAGUACGUUCAUAUCUAGGAGCGAGAAUGGGUCUCCUUCCUGAGCGGUAUGACGGCUGAGUGGUCCCAUGAUGUUUAUACUUGCGUACUAUUGUUUGUACAGAUGAACGUGGUACCUUCAGGCGUUUGGAAAUUGCUCCCAAGGAUGAACCAGACUUAUGGAGGUCUACAAUUUAUUAUUCUGAGGUCUUGGCUGAUUUCUUUGAUUUUCCCAUGAUGUCAAGCAAAGAGGCACAGAGUUUGAAGGUAGGCCUUGAAAUACAUCCACAAGUACACCUCCAAUUGACUCAAAUGAUGUCAAUUAGCAUAUCAGAAGCUUCUAAAGCUAUGACAUAAUCUUCUGGAAUUUUUCAAGCUGUUUAAAGGCACAGUCAACUUAGUGUAUGUAAACUUCUGACCCACUGGAAUUGUGAUACAGUGAGUUAGAAGUGAAAUAAUCUGUCUGUAAACAAUUAAUGGAGAAAUGACUUGUGUCAUGCACAAAGUAGAUGUCCUAACCAACUUGCCAAAAGUAUAGUUUGUUAACAAGAAAUUUGUGGAGUGGUUGAAAAAUGAGUUUUAAUGACUCCAACCUAAGUGUAUGUAAACUUCCAACUUCAACUGUAUAUUAUUCGAAAUGCUAAUCCUUUGCACACGAACGCUCACUCAUUCAGGAAUAAUUGCAAUCAAUAUAUAUUUACGCCGUUGUGAUCUGUUGGAAUCCAGUCCGUCUGCUGGAGAGUUCAUCCGAGUCUCUCUCUUUCUGUUUCCCUGAAGUUCAAAGUCUUUCUUGGUUAGAAUGGAUGCCUCAGAUUACCAUUCAGAAAUGUUCUCAUAGAAUAGAUGUUUCGGCGGUUGUCGGUAUUCGCAUCCCAGGUUUACAUAAUUUCUAGCUGCCCCCACAGACCCACCAAUGCUCUUAUUCUGUAGGGGUCGAUAGUCUCAUAGUUGAACCAUUUCCAGCCGUGUAGCCAAUGCUUCACGUGGGAUGGUUUUCUAGUCUUGGCACUCAAACCUGUGCCACCUCAGCUUACACCAUUUUAUACAAGAAUUAGAUGCAAACCCCAUAAUUGAGAAAUGUACACAUUGAGACAUAGUUACGUGUGUUUCCUGUCCUCUCUGAGGUGACCAAAUGAAACACACUCAACAUAACUGUCCCUUAAGUGUCCACGGACCCUUCCCACACUCUCAAAGGUGGACAUAUAGUUUAAUUUUCCCAUUUUGGGGAUUUAGGAGUUUGGCCACGUGAAAUCCUUUGUUCACUCUGUGGUCUCUCUCUGCAUGAAAAGGGGGAGAGAGUCUCCGCCAGGAAUUUACUACCUGAGAUAACAGAACCUGGGUGUAGGAAAGGGGGAAGCCACAAUCUAUACCCAGAAAAGGCCACGUCAUGACAAUAUGGAGUAUGUCAGUUUGAAUAUAGAGUAGAUCAGAUUCCAUGUGUUUAAAUGGUCCUUUUUUAAACUCUGACUCUGUGUGUUUAUCUGGGUGUCUUUCCUCCAGCACUACAGAUAAUACAGUGAUAUUUGGAUGUGAUGCAUUUGCUCCAUUGUUUACAUUUGCAUUGUUGGCCCACUGAUGAUUUAAUGACAUGAAAAUAUUCAGACUGUGUAAUGGAAAAUGUUAAUUGUAUAUGUGUCCACAUAACUGAGUAUGUGACUAGCCUUGUGAAACUGUCCUAUUAUAAUCUCCUGUUCCUGGGAGUAUCAUUCUGUGUUGCAAACCAGCUGCACCUGUGUCCUUGUAUGAAUAAAGUCCCUCCCAGGAACAGGAAACUAUAAAGAUAUGUGCUCAUCACCCAAUGCUUCAGGAAUUCAGACUGUCUACACUGUGCUGUGUAACUGUUAUUCUCUCUGA